ACCGUUGAGGACUGCUUGAGAAUAUGCGGGUGUGUUACCCGGAAGGUGAGGGAUAAUACUUCACGUGUGACAUGACAGAUAAUUCUCACGGCACUUGAAUUCGCAUUCUACGUGCUUCGUGCGCCUUUGUGAAAUGCUAAUCGCUAUGUUGUCAUAUUGAUGAUUGGUGAUUGAUCCGUGUUGAUGACUGCAGCAUAUUAUUAUUGUGUUGUUCUCGGCAUAAUCAGAUUGUUCACCGGUUUCUUUCUCUCUUGUCGAUUGAAAUCAGUUGGCUAGUGAGGCUCUGCAUAUUGAAAUUCGGAGGCACAUAGAACGAGAGAAUGGGAACGAGAACCAAUUUCUACAAGAACCCUUCUAUCUCUUACAAAAAACAAUUCAGUCUUUCCUCCGUUCUUCAGAACCUCAGAGCUUACAAUAUCGCCACCGGUAAUGUUCCGGCUGAAUCCGAGGAGAAAAAGCCCACCCAGAAACGUCGCCGGAAUCCGAACCCACCGCAAACCAUUGAAGCUGACUCUGAAGAGAACGACAUCUCUUUGUCACAUCACGAUUACAUUGAAAAGAGAAGUUCAUGGUCUACCUGGGGAAUUCAUUUAUUUUGCCUUGAGCAGGAAAGAAGUCGGUUCGUCUCUGCCUUACGAAAAAUUGACUGAAGAUGUUCUGGGGAACCCUAAUUCUGCCAUAAGCUUGGUGGAUUACACUAGUGACGAAAGCCUCCCUUUAGAAUGUGAGGAAAAGCAGGAUCUUCCGACUUCUGGCGAUGCAAAAGAAUUUGAUGGAGUCAAAAGCAGAAAUGAACAACGAUUUCCUCUUCUUGAAGAACCUGUUUGCCUCAUAUGUGGUAGAUAUGGAGAGUAUAUAUGCAAUGAGACAGAUGAUGACAUUUGUAGUAUGGAGUGCAAAAAGGAACUCUUGGAAAUUCUCCGACUCAAUGAGGGCUCCUGUCAUGACCAAGUUCAAGAUUUCUCUUCAUCCAGACUUGAUUAUGGUUUAACAGUGCCUGUGUUUGGUGAGAGUACAUGGGAUUAUAACCGGCAUCGCUGGUCAAAAACAAGAUCAAGCCUCUGUACUUAUGAAUGUUGGAAAUGCCAAAAACCUGGGCACCUAGCUGAAGACUGUGUAGUGAAUACUAGCAUCCAGGCCACUGUAGCAGAUAAGAAAUCAAGUUCCAUUCCUAAGGAUCUUCUUGGACUAUAUAGAAGAUGCCACCAAAUUAGUAAAACAAUAUUGUCAGCAAGUUGUAAUGCAUGCCGUGUCUCAUCAAAUUUGGCGACAUGCCUUGAUUGUGAUACUGUCAUUUGUGAUGGUGCAGGACACUUGGAUGAGCAUAUACGAACACACCCAUCUCAUCAGCAGUUUUACUCACACAAGCUUAAACGUCUAGUAAAAUGUUGCAAGUCAACUUGCAAGGUGACUUGCAUUAAGGAUCUGUUGGUUUGCCACUACUGCUUCAGUAAAGCCUUUGAAAAAUUCUACGACAUGUAUACUGCAACUUGGAAAGGAGCUGGUCUUGCAAUUAUAUGGGGUUCUAUAUGCUGUGAAGACCAUUUCGCCUGGCACAGGAUGAAUUGUUUGAAUGCAGACACGGAAGAAAGUGCAUACAUCAUCGGGAAGAAUGGACAUAAGAGCAAAUAUACUCAACUUAAUGACUUCAUUUUUUGAUGAUUGAUACACUAUUUUUUUUCUAAUUUGUGGUAUGAAGUUUCUCAUCAGAUGUACACAACAUCAUGGCAUGGGGUCGUGCCUGUUGCGUCUUAUAUUUUAAAUGUUUGUGAGGAGGGUAAAAAGAUCAUAUAGUUGGAAGAAGUUGCAUGUUUGUUUAUAGGUUGUCAAAUAAUGCGGUUGAGUUCUUCCACUUUUUUCCCCCCCUUUUUUUCGCUAGACACAGGUAUCUUUCUAUUGGAUAUAUUAUUUAAAAUGCUGUUGAUCACUAAA